AUGUACGUUCUCGCAUCUGUACUGUCUUUUGCUAUCCAGUUGUCUGCCGCCAUCAUCAAGCGGCAGGGCGUCGCGUACUACGACCCUAAUGCCAACGGUGGAUCCAUGUUGGACAACGCUGGUGACGGCCUUGGUGAACCCCUUAACGUCAUCGUCUCCGGACUCAGCACUCCUGAUGUCUUGACCGACGAUGGUAUUGUCAACUACGCUCGCGCCAUUGGAUUCUCCGAGGAGUGUUUCGAUAUUCACCUCGGUGGCCCUCAAUCUGCAAACCUUGGCGAUGGAAACAGCUGGGUCAACCAGACGUAUGAGCUCCGUCAGGACUACGAUAGCUCCUCUAUCGGCACCUGCCUCGAGAGCCUUAUUGGAGGCAACCACUUCCGUGUCUAUCGCCAGAACGGCACCCAGGCAGACAGCGGCGCUCUUUUCCUUGCCGUUUCCAAGGAGGAGGAUGUCUCUGAUGGACACGACAUAGUGCCCGAUGGUUACAACAUCGGACGGAACGACCUUGUCAGCAACGCGGUUGGGCAAACCAGCUUCGGCGGUGUUUCAUACACCACCACCGCUCAGAACGUCACCGGUCUUUUGGCUCCUGGUGCAGUGGGUGUCAACCACAACAUUAGCGUGGAUGGCAUUGUCACAGUGCUGACUGUUACGAUUAACUAA